AUGAAAUACGUCAAGCACUUUGAACCGAUCGAGUCGGACCCUCGAAUCCUCACGGAAUUGAUGCAUCGGCUAGGUGUUCAGGAAAAGUUCGGGUUCCAUGACGUAUUGGAUUAUACGGGGGAGUCGCAGCAGCCCGCUUUAGCUCUUAUCGUCAUAUUUCCAGAGUCGGAAAGGGAUGAGCUGCAGAAAGCGACGGCCGAGGCCGAGAGAACACCUAUCGUCGCCGGCAGCCCCAAGUUCCUAAGGCAGACGAUCGACAAUUCUUGUGGCUUGAUUGCAGUCCUUCAUUGUGUUCUCAAUACCGUCGUAGCUAACUCUAUUAAGCCAAACUCUAUCCUUGAUAGCGCUAUUAGAUCGGGUAAGGGUAUUACGACGUUUCUUGAGGAGUCAAAAAAGCUCGAAAUUGAGUAUCAAUCAGCUGUGAAAUUAGGCGAGACAGAAAUACCUGAUGAUAUCAAGUAUCAUUAUGUUGCUCUUGUUGGCUGUCAGGAUAACAAAUUGUAUGAAUUGGACGGCGAGCGAUUAAGUCCUUUGAUAAGAGGGUCUUCGUCGAAGGCAGGUUAUAUUCUGAAUGAGCACGAACAGAUAGCGCGGAUUAUUGAUUCUUUCGCACAUGGGGGGAUUGACUGUAGUCUUUAUAAACUAAGUUAA